AAAUAUCGAAGUGACCCUGUUUUUGCUGAAUGUGUAAGAAUGUUUACUGGACUUGCUUUUGUUCCUGUUCCACAUUUAACUAACGCAAUUCAACAUUUGAAUGCUGCUAUAUUGCCUGAGCUAGACCAAUUUAUCGGAUGGUUUUUGCUCAAUUAUACUGGUGUACCACUUCCUGAUGGAACUUUGACUCGUGCAAAAUUUCCAAUAGAAUUUUGGAAUGUUUAUGAUAGACUUAUUUAUGAUGUUGAAUAUAUAAAUGUUGAAUCAGCAUAUCGCCGUUUACAUACAAUAUUUAGUUGUGCAAACCCAAAUAUUUGGCGAUUUAUUGAAGUACUUCGAACUGAGCAGCGUGGAAGAGACGCUGAUUUUGAACGUUCUUUAAUGGGAGAAGACCCUCCACCAAAAAAGAAGAGAUAUAUUAUUACAGAAAGACGAAUAAUGAAUUUAAUUGAAAGGUUUGAUCCAAGGAAUAUUACUGAAUUUUUGAGAGGUAUUGCUCAAAGUACAGUGGAUCAAUAA